UGGAGUUUGAUAACCUGGGAAGACGUUCGGUGUGCCAGGUGGAAUACAAACACAAGACCGACUCUGUUUAAACGCUAAACAUUGCAACAAUAAUGCACCAGCAUGGCUUUGUUGGAACUGUACACCAAGUUCAACAGGGUGUGGAUUCCAGAUAAACAACAUGUAUGGAAGUCAGCAGAGAUUGUGAGAGAUUUUCAUCUGGGAGAUAAUGUUCUUGAACUACUUCUUGAAGAUGAAACUGAGUACAACUACCCCGUUGAUCCAUCAAACCCACAACUCCCUCCACUUCGAAACCCAGACAUCUUGGUGGGGGAGAACGACCUGACUGCUCUCAGCUACCUGCAUGAACCCGCCGUCCUACACAAUCUGAAAGUGCGCUUUAUGGAGUCCAGAAUCAUCUACACCUACUGUGGCAUCAUACUGGUGGCUGUGAAUCCCUACAAACAGCUUCCUCUCUACGGGGAUGCCGUUAUUCAUGCAUAUUCAGGCCAGAACAUGGGAGACAUGGACCCUCAUAUAUUUGCAGUGGCAGAAGAGGCUUACAAACAGAUGGCCAGAAACAACAAGAACCAGUCUAUUAUUGUCAGUGGUGAAUCUGGAGCAGGUAAAACCGUGUCUGCUCGAUACGCUAUGAGGUACUUUGCGAUCGUCAGUAAAUCGGGCAGUAAGACUCGUGUUGAAGACAAGGUUUUGGCAUCAAAUCCUAUAACAGAGGCAAUAGGAAAUGCUAAGACAACCAGGAAUGACAACAGUAGUCGUUUUGGGAAAUACACUGAGAUCAGCUUUGACAGGAGAUAUCGGAUCAUGGGGGCAAAUAUGAGGACGUAUCUGUUGGAGAAAUCCAGGGUGGUUUUUCAGGCAGACAAUGAGAGGAAUUACCACAUAUUCUACCAGCUGUGUGCCUGUGCUCACCUGCCAGAGUUCAAGAAGCUGAGACUAAUGAGUGCGGAUAAGUUCCAGUACACCUGCAUGGGUGGUGAAAUAAGUAUUGAUGGUGUAGAUGAACAAAAAGGCAUGAAGGAGACUCAGCACACCUUUUCACUGUUGGGUUUGAAGGAAGACUUUCAAUCAAAUGUGUUCACAGUUUUAGCAGCCAUUCUGCAUUUGGGAAAUGUGGAAAUCAGAAACGUUGGAGAUGACAAAUCAUCCAUUGCUCCCAGUGAUCCACAUCUGGCAGCAUUCGGUGAGCUGUUGGCUGUCAGUGCAGAAGGAGUAGUGCGUUGGCUGUGCCAUCGGAGGAUUGUUCUGGUGGCAGAGACUGUAGUGAAGCCAGUGCCCAAAGAGCGAGCAGUAAACGCCAGAGAUGCUCUCGCCAAACAGAUCUAUGCCCACCUGUUUGACUCCAUUAUUAACAGGAUAAACAUGGCACUAAAAGUCCCUGGAAAGCAACAUGCAUUCAUUGGUGUCCUGGACAUUUAUGGCUUUGAAACAUUUGACAUCAACAGCUUUGAGCAGUUUUGUAUCAACUAUGCAAAUGAAAAGCUUCAGCAGCAGUUUAAUUUGCAUGUCUUCAAGCUGGAGCAAGAGGAGUACAUGAAAGAGGACAUUCCAUGGAACUUGAUCGAUUUCUAUGACAACCAGCCUGUCAUUGACCUCAUUGAAGCUAAGAUGGGGAUCCUUGAUUUGCUUGAUGAAGAAUGUUUGUUUCCUCAGGGCACUGACCAGACCUGGCUCCAAAAGCUGCAUAACUAUCUAGAUGCCAAUCCGUUAUUUGAGAAGCCCCGAUUAUCAAAUGAGGCCUUUGUGAUCCAACACUUUGCAGACAAGGUGGAGUAUCAAUGCAAAGGUUUUCUUGAGAAGAACAGAGAUGCUCUUUAUGAAGAACUGGUUGACAUUUUGCGACUCAGUGAGUUUCCUUUUGUAGCCACAUUUUUUCAAGAGGAAGACCAAAUGCCCCUGAACAGUAAAGGUGUCAAAGUGAGGCCUGCCAGGCCGGCAGUCAAACCAGCCAAUAGACAGCUGAGAACCUCUGUUGGAGAUAAGUUUCGCAGCUCCCUUUAUUUACUGAUGGAAACGCUCAAUGCUACCACCCCUCACUAUGUGCGCUGCAUUAAGCCUAAUGAUGAAAAGCUCCCAUUUGAAUACGACUCUGGGAGAGUAGUACAACAGCUGCGAGCCUGCGGUGUCCUUGAAACUAUUCGUAUCAGUGCACAGAGCUACCCGUCCAGAUGGACAUACAUUGAGUUUUACAGCCGAUACAGUAUUCUGAUGAUCCAUCAGGACUUGAGCCUAAGUGACAAAAAGCAGGCCUGCAAGACAGCACUGGAGAGACUGAUUCAGGAUUCUAACCAGUACAAGUUUGGCCGGACGAAGAUCUUCUUCAGGGCUGGCCAGGUAGCUUAUCUAGAGAAGCUGCGCCUGGACCGACUUCGAGGAGCCAGCAUAACCAUCCAGAAACACUUCCGUGGGUGGAGCCAGAGGAGGAAAUAUUUGCGGUUGAGAGAUGCAGCCAUAAUUCUUCAACAAUACAUCCGUGGAACAAAGAAAAUCCGUAAAACUGUGAGUGCUGCAACACUGAAGCAGGGUUGGGCAGCAGUGGUAAUCCAAAGGCACUGGAGAGGCUACCGCACGAGACAGAUCUUUCAGCUGGUUCGUCUGGCCUCCAUCACCAUCCAGGCCUUCACUCGAGGUUGGAUGGCUCGUAAACAGUACAAGAAGAUGAUAAAACAGCACAAAGCCAUAGUUCUCCAGAAAUACGCCAGGGCAUGGUUGGCACGACGGAGAUAUCAAACCAUUCGUCGGCUCGUGGUUAAUGUUCAGCUCUCCUUCAGGGUUCAGAAGCUCAAGAAGAAGCUUGAAGAUCAGAGUAAAGAGAACUGUGGACUGGUGGAAAGACUGAAAAUCUUGGCUAACUCAAAUUCUCAAGCUAUGGGCAGACUUCAAAGUCUGGAGGCGCAGCUGGAAAAGUCAGCAAGCCAGAAGGCAUCUUUGGAGGCCAGAGAGAAAAAAGUCAAAGAAGAUGCUACUCUGGUAGCUGCACAGCUUCAAAAGGAAAUAGAUAAACUCAUCCUUGACAAGCAGAACAUGGAAAAACAGUUUGAAUUUUCCGCUAAAGAACUCAAAGAGAACUUUGAUCAAAUAAAGAGGAGUCUCCUGGAAGAAAAAGAAGAUGAAGCCAGGCUUAGAAAAAUUGCAGAGAACACUAUUGAGAUCCAGAGAAUUGACCAUGAGAAGGAGGUGGAAACUCUGACAGAGGAGAUUAAGCGAUUGAAAGAGGAGAGGAUCGGCCUGCAGAGAAAGCUGGAGGAGGUGGGCCAGGUCAACUCAGAUCUACAGGAGCAGCUCGUUCAGCUCACAAAGCAUGUCAAGGCCAUUCCAGAGCUACACCGAGAUCUGCACAACCUACAAAAUCAGAAAAAUAACUUUGACCGAAAGAUAAAGCAACAGUCUGAACAGGCAAGAGCUAAAAUGCACGAGAUUACAAGACAGCUUCUGGGUGGUGUUGUUGAAGAAGAGGUGCUUUUAGGUCUAACUCCAAAUGACAAAGAGAAGAUUUAUGAAAUAGAAGAUUUGCUGACUGCCUUUGACAACCUGCACAAAGCUACAAGGAUACUGCAAAACCACCAGAAGGAGCAAAAGGAAAGCUAUGAGACCCAGUUGGAGGGCUUCAGACUGAAAGUGGACCACCUUCAGAAUGAAAAUGGCAAGCUACAAAACCUGUUUCAGGAGAAGAGUGAUGUCAAUAAGAGCAUUCACCAAGAAGUGUCCAGGCUUAGCAGUGAAAACGCAAUUAUACCUGAGCUCAAACUGCAGAUUUCUGAGCUGCAGAGACAGAAGCAAGAAUUGGAGGUCCAUGUAGAGCAGAAGACCAGAGAGUUGGCAGAAAAGACAAACGGAGGACAUAACUAUAAUCUUCAAAGGGAGAUCGAAGAAGAACGCUCACAGGGCAGACUCUUUGAAACAAAAGCUGAAGAGUUGGAGGAGGAGAAAAUGGAACUUCAAGCUACAUUGGAGGAACUACAAGAGGAGAAUGAUCACUUGAAGAGACAUCAGCUGAUCGAGAGCGAACUGAAGAGCAGGCUUAGACAAGAGGCUUCACGGCUAACCGCUGAGAACAUGGAUUUUGAAGAACAACUUGACAAGAAGGACAGACUAAUAAAGAAACUCCAAAAUCAAAUUAAGAGCCUUGAAACAUCACAGAGAGCCAAGCAAACGUCUGGGCCUGCUCUACCCAAAGAAUACCUUGGCAUGUUGGAAUACAGAAGAGAGGAUGAAACCAGGCUUAUUCAAAACCUCAUUCUGGACCUGAAGCCCAAAGGUGUGGUGGUCAACAUGAUCCUAGGUCUGCCAGCCUACAUCCUCUUCAUGUGCAUCCGCCAUGCUGACUAUGUGAACGAUGAUGCCAAACUCAAGUCGCUUUUGAAUGCAAUCAUCAGUGGUGUUAAAAAGGUUAUCAUGAAUCACUCCAAAGACUUUGAGUUGCUGUCAUUCUGGCUCUCCAACACAUACCAACUGCUGAACUGUCUGAAGCAGUACAGCGGCGAGGAGGAGUUCAUGAACCAAAAUACUCCUCAACAGCAGAAGAACUGCUUGAAGAAUUUUGAUUUGUCAGAACACCGGCAGAUUCUCAGCGACCUGGCCAUCCACAUUUAUCACCAGUUUAUCUCAGUCAUGGAAAAAAGUCUCACUCCCGCAAUCGUGCCUGGUAUGUUGGAGCAUGAGAGUUUACAGGGGAUUUCUAGCAUGAAGCCAUCAGGCUUCAGGAAGCGUUCCAACAGUGUUUAUGAGGACACCGAGAUCUACACAAUCUCCUCCAUCCUCCAGCAGCUCAGUGUCUUCCUCUCCACCAUGAGUCAACAUGGCAUGGAACAUCAUCUCAUCAGACAAGUUAUCAAGCAGCUUUUCUUCCUCAUCGGUGUGAUGACCUUCAACAGCAUCAUGCUCCGCAAAGACAUGUGCUCCUGCAGGAAGGGAAUGCAAAUCAGAUGUAACAUCAGUUAUUUGGAGGAGUGGCUGAAGGAGGAGGAGCUGCAAAGCUCCAAUGCCAUAGACACUCUGAUGCCGCUGUCUCAGACCGCGUGGCUUCUGCAGGUCAGCAAGUCCACCGAUGAUGACGCCAAAGAAAUUGCGGAAAAAUGCACCGAACUCAAUCCUGUUCAGAUUGUGAAGAUUUUGAACUCCUACACGCCCAUUGAUGAUUUUGAAAAAAGAGUGGCUUCAUCAUUUGUCCGCAAAGUUCAGGCACUACUGCAGGAUCAUGAAGGCACCACACAGCUGAUGCUGGACACACAGUAUCGCUUCCAGGUCACGUUUCCCUUCCAUACGUCCACACAGGCUCUGGAGCAGCUGCAAGUCCCAAACAGCCUUCAUCUGGGCUUCCUAACUAGAAUCUGACCAUCUGACAUUUCAUCCACAUGGAAACCACAGUCCACUACACCACAACUCUCUGUGUGUGUGUGUGUGUGUGUGUGUGUGUGUGUGUGUGUGUGUGUGUGUGUGUGUUAUGUCUUUGAUAAAGAUAAUUUACCCAGUUUUGACACAAAAUUUUAAUGCUUAGACUUAGAAUGUUUAGACAGAUAACAGUUACAGUUGGGUUCAUAAGUAUUUAGACACUGACCCAGUUUUAUUCAUUUUGCCUUUUGCACCACUACAGUGGAGCUGAAAUGACAAGAUCCAUCUUUAAUUCAAGGGUUUAACAAAAAUAUCCCAUUAACAUUUAGGAAUUACAGUCAUGUGUAUACAUUGUCCCUCUAUGUUCAUAGCCCAUAAGUAAUUGGACAACCUAAAUAUAAGGAUCGUUUUUAAUAUAAAUCAUCACAUUUACGUCCAGUUUUCAUGACACAAGUUGUGGACGUGAACAUAUGUUUUGCACUUCAUUUACGUUAGUCAUUAAAAAUGUACAAACAGUUUGGUGUUGUAUGGUAAAUCUGUCUGGUGUAGGCAGUUCUCAAAAACUGAGUGAGAGGGAGACUUGUGAGGGAAGCCACCAAGACACACAGACAACUCAGAGGAGAGAAAUUGUAGAUAGUAGAAGCGUUGCCUGUCACAUCUCCAGUCAUAACGUCAUGAUGGAGGAGAACACUA